AUGGCGGGAUACAACGAUCCUCCCCCCUUUAGAGACGGAAGCAGCGGACGAUCAGGCAGCACGGAUCCGCACACCGAUCUGUACGCGCUAUUGCACGUCUCACGCGAUGCUUCCGACGAUGAUCUGAAACGCGCGUAUCGGCAGCUCGCGUCCGUCUACCACCCUGACAAGUACCCCUUUCCGCAGAUGCAAGAUGUCGCCAAGGACCACUUUCAGCGCAUCCGAUCCGCGUACGAAGUGCUCUCUGAUCCGGCGAAGAGACAGGUGUACGAUCUGUACGGAAUAGAGGGCGUGGUGUCGGGCAUGGAGCUGGGUCCUCACCUGCGCACGAGGCAGGAGAUUCGAGAGGAGUGGGAGCGGGCGCAGAGGAGGAGGGAGGAGCUCAAGGCGGCCAUGCGCACUCAGCACUCCUCUUCCAUGCUGCUCUCUGUCACUGCUGCCGAUGCUAUUGCCUCAGGAUUCGAGCGUUUCCCUAGAAUCACUGGGUGUCGACUCAGCAUGCAGAUGUCGACUCAGGUGCAGGCGGCGCUAUCAGACAAGGACACGCUCGUGCAGGCAGCGCUGUCAGACAAGGACACGCUCGUGCUUGGAGUUUCCAUGCUCUGCCUUGGUGCCUUGUGCCCCACACCCACCUUCCCCUCCCACCCAGCAUGCAGAUGUCGACUCAGGUGCAGGCAGGCACUAUCAGACAAAGACACGCUCGUGCUGGGGGGCUCCAUGCUGAUGAGGCGCGUGGCGGGGGGAGGGUCGAUGGUGGCGGUGUUCCGCAUGCAGAUGGACGCGUACCAGACAGGGGAACUGGUGGCCGUGGUGGGCAUGCGCACGCAGCUCACCCUCUCCACCGCCAGACAAGUCUCGCUGGCCACAAAGGCGACAGCAGGGGUGGGAGCAGGGUUGUCCUCUGGCGGCCUCACAGCCACUUUCGUGAGAAGGUUCUCGGAGCAUUCAUCAGGGAGAAUACACGGCAGGCUGGGAACCACGGGAGCAGACGUGGAGGUGGGGGGCAGCAGAAAGAUAUCAGACAACAGCUCGCUGGGCUUCUUUGUAACCAUGGGCCUGCAGGGCACUCUAUGGAAGGUCCGGUACUCCCGAGGUGGUCAGAAGGUCACCGUGCCUAUUCUCCUCUCGCCCACUCUACGACCAGCCAUCAGCGUUCCAGCCAUUCUUAUACCCUCUGUCACAUACGCCGUUCUCAAGCAUUGGGUGUUCAGCCAGUGGAAGCAGAUCCGAGAGGCUCGGCAGGACCGGGAGGUUCGGCAGAAGACAGCGAAGCAGGUCUGGGAGUCCAUGGCGGAGGCUCGGCAGCUACAGGAUAUGAUGGCUCCGGUGGUAACCAGACGGGUGAAUGCGUUACAGCAGCGGCCGAACGGCAAUGCUUUAAUCAUUUUAUCAGCAAAAUAUGGGCGUCUAGGAGGAGUGGAGGAGAAGAAAGAAGGGGAGAAUCGGGAUAGUAGCAGGAGUAGUGGUGAUGGUGGUGGUGGUGAUGGUGGUGGUGGUGGAAAGGAAGGGGAGGGGCCAGGUUCAAGAAUAGGGUUGAUGCUGAGAGGACUAAGAGGAUUGUUUAAUAUUGGCCUAGGAGGAAGAGGAGGGGAGGAGGGAGUGGGUGGAAGGGAAGAUUUGGACGAGGAUGAGUGGGAAGAGGGGGAGGGGGAGGGGGGAGCGGACAGAGUGGUGUUGCCUCCUGCAGUGUGGGAUGUGCGCAUUCCUCUGCAGUUCCUGGUGGACGAUGCAAGCAACACGCUGCAGUUGCACGAGGGUGUGAGCAAGAAGGGCAUCAUGGGUUUCUGUGAUCCUGCACCUGGACUGUCCAAGAAGCUAAGAGCACGAUACUCUUACAGGGGGGAGGAGAGGGAGGUUAUUGUGAAUGACCUGGAGGCACUCUCACUGCCUCUACCCUCAAGAGAUCCAUAA